AUGUUUCCAAUGCAGGACAGUUUCCUCUUGAUGCCCAAAGUGCGGGGCACCUCUGGGGUGUUUGCGGAGGGCGGGGGCGGAGGAAAGCAAUCGGUUCCGUCCACUAUCAAGAAGUACUUUGGACGGGCGAAGCGCGCAAUGUCCCGCGUGAGCGACACCCUGGACAUGUUUGGUGAGAUGCUCGGGACGCCUGAAGAUGACGCCGCACCAGACCAAGCCCCGGCUCGGUUGUUGCUCCCCAAUCUCAAGCGCGCAGUGCUAUCCUGUGCAAAAGUACUAUCGCACUUGUUCACGACCCAACAUUUUCACCUUACUACAUUCAUGCACAUCUCCUCAGUCGCAGUCGCUCUCGCAUUCUCUACCAGCAACAUCGCAUGAGUGACAAACUCACAUUCGAUUUGACAAUUAUAGUGCACUUCUUCAACUACAGCUUCACCGUGUACUUUGCUUCUUGCCAGUGCUAGUAAUUGUAAUGCUCUUGCAGUUUCUCAUAUUCAGUUUCAGCCACUGACACUACUACAACUUUGCUGCUAAUAAAUCGUCCCGCAAGGUAGAUUUAAAUUUAUUGCGCAGUGCACCUGCGUGAUCAAUGGCACAGUAUCAGCAGGCUCUCUGGCGCUGCGAUCAUGGUGCAGGUACUUUUGAGGUGCACAAAUGCAGGGAAUCGAUUGGCAACAUUUUACCAGUUUGGACGCUCUCUCGGGCUCGCUCCUGAAAACACUGGGCAGGGCGCGCGAUCUCGGGGCAGAAACUACACAAGAAAAGGACGGUAUGGGAGUGUCAGAAUCGAAAUUGACAAAAUCGAAAAAUUUGUCAUGCACAGAAUCGAUGUCAGUUGGAGCCUCAGUUUUCAACUGGCGCAUGACAAAUUUCGGGAGCACCCCAAUCCAGUCUGUCAUGCUGUUUGGGCAAAGAAGACUCCUCCUGUCAUGCUACUCGGGCAGCACAUUGCAUACCCCUAAACAGGCUUACAAUCGGUCUCAUAUGCCUGCUUCCCAAUACAGGCCUUCAGUCGUGCUCUACAUGUUAUGCAUCACAAAUUUUUCGAUUUUGCCGAUUUCGAUCCUGACACAUCCAUAGACGGCCACGACACGAAGGACCCGAGAACUACAACGGCUGCGCACAGAACGCCAAGAAGGAGCUUCUUGCAGUUCUUGCAGGGGAACACCAACAGGCGAAAACAGAAGCAACAGACGGGGACACGUCGAGGACCCCACGAGAGCCGACGAGGACACGUCGACCCCACGGUACAGCGCGCUGACGUAGAAGUAUUGACCCAUGCGGCUCCGACGAAAACGAAAACCCCACGCGCCGUUUCUGCUCCAGCUUCAUUUUUCGAGAUUGCGGCUUCUAUUGAAUGCAAAAGUAUCUGCUCUCCCUCUCCGGUUGGUGUAGGACUUUUAUAUUUAUUGGAAUUGCAUUCGUGUUCCGUUAAUUAAUAUGCAUCGGUUCCCCGCGACGCGGGGAACCCGUCCAUGUCCAGUUCUUGCAAUUAUUUGUAUGCUUUGCUAAUCGAAGAACUAGUGCGUAAGACCGACUACCUCGACAUAAUAAAAUAAAUGUAAAUUGACCGAUUUCCUUGUCAUGCAGUACUGCAACCAUAUAUAAACGUAAUUGGUGCGCCAACGAGUGUGAUCCUUUUGCCCAGCAGAAUAGCAGCAUCGCCGGAGGUUCAAUUUUCUGGCGUAUUCAUCGGCAUGUUUAUGCUCUUCCAAGGCGUUUUGUCGUUUAGCGGGAGGUAUCAACUGCAAAAAUGUCUGGGUCUGGAAGAGUCAUGCUGUUUUUGCAUAACACAGAAGGUCUGGCAUGGAAGCUCUAGCGCCACAGGUUUCCAGAAGCUUCCGCAUUGCCGAAUCCGCAUCACAAAUCCCCCACUUUGGUGACAGAAAGUGGGCAGCUUUUGCUGACUAUGCAUGGAGGAUUUUUCUGUGUUCUGAAAUGCGCAUCACAAGUUUGUAUUCUUCCAGACCCAGACACUUUUGCAAAGCAUGGGAGGAAGGCGAAAGAGCAGGACCAAAACCGAAAUAGAAACGCACCUGGUGGGUCGACGGCAUCUUAUGCAUUGCAAAAGUAAUAUCGUGCGUAGUGUAAAUCGCAGGACAAAUUUUCUCAGCGUGAAAAAUGAGAAUGUAACGUGGAUUUACCUUUUUAAACUUUCUUCAGAAUAGCAUUUCCAUUUGCAAUGCAUGCCUACGAUUUAAUAUUCCCACGAGUGCGAUACUGGAUUUGCAGUGCAUACAACCGCUACAACUACAACUUUGGCGGAGUUGAUGCACCGCGCCCCGAUCGCGCGCGGCGUAGGCGAUUCCUUUCGCCGCGUGGGAGAGUUUCUCUUCGCGAAAGAUCAGGGAUCUCCGCGGUCGCGGACGACUACGGAUGGCGGUGUGGAUCGGCGUCUAGUACAGAGCUUCUUCGACGUCCUUCCGGUUCUGCAAGCGGAGUGGGGCCGCGUCUUAUCUUCGGGGAAACAGUACUUGAAUCCGGCAGAGGAGAAAAAGGCGCAAAGCGUGCCACCCGUGCCGCGACCCACUGUGCCGCGGCCAGCGCGCAAGCUGCCGCGGGGUCAGACUCAAGGCGGUCGUGAUGCUCGCGGCGAGGGCGACCGGGCCGAGAUCAUGGAAAACAACAAACCUGGAAGACGGCCUCCAUCACGAAAGUACUUCGUCCAAAAAUGGUAUCAAACGCCGGCCCAUACUUAUUUCGGUGCUCCGCCGAGGAGAGGACCACAUCAAGCGAGGAACGGCAGGGAGACCACUUUUGCUACACACAACCUAGGACCACGACCUGGUGGCGCUGCUGCUGCAAUCGCAACCGAGGUCCCUGCAGACGGGGUAGUACCUGCCCGCGGGUUAUCGACUGCAAAUAUGUCUGGGUCUGGAAGGGUGCGCACUUUUGUCAUGCUGUUUGUUUUUGCAUGACACAGAGGAAGGCCAAGUUCCGUCAUGGACGCCCCAGCAUCACAGAUUCCGAGAAGGUUCCGCAAUGCCUUCUAGUCCGCAUGUUGACUACAAAUCCCCCAUUUACAUUUUGGUGACAGGAAGUUGUGGGUGUUUUUUGUUGCCUAUGCAUGACGAGGGAUUAUUUGUGCGCGGCGUUGUGAAAUGCCCAUCACAAGUUCGCGUCCUUCCAGGCCCACACGUAUUUCCAGCGCAUACGGGUGGUGGAGUAAACUUCCGUGGGGGAGGUCGAAUUCCGGCCCCGCAUCUUCUAUGGGAUUCUCAAACGUGGCUACAUUCUCAAACGUUACUGCUACACGAAUUGAUUUGUCACGCAAAAUUAACAUCAACAUCCGAUCCAGAUCGAUCCACGACACGCCGAAGCUGCUGCGCAUGACAAAUUUUUGAUGAAGGGGUAAACAGCAGUAAGAUCUGUGCCGAAUUUGUAAUGCUGGGGAUGCAAUCACAAUCUCAAUCUACGUCCUUUGACUUUUGGCAUAUUUGCAAGAACACAAAUUCAUGUAGCAGUUGAGAGUGUAUCGUUUGAGACUCCCAUACUCUCGUCCAGCAACCGGGGACAGAGUAAAAAAGAAGAAAGCGCUUAUUGGGGGAGAGACAACGAUGGCCCCGUCGCAUAUGGAAGCGUCAGGAUCGAAAUCAACAAAGUUGAACCGCUUUUAUUUGAGUUUGAUGCACAAAAUUAAAACCGAUACAACCAGUUGGAAGCCCAAUUUCUAAGCGGCGCAUGACAAAUUUCGGCAUCAGCUACAUCCAGUUUGUCACGCUGUUGAGAGAAAGAAAAAAUCUCUUGUCGUGCUACUUCAGCAGCUCUCUCUCUAGCUAACCCCAAACAGGCUUUCAGUUGCCCUCAUCUCUUGCCUGCUCUGCAAUACAGGCAAUCUGUGCAUGACAAAUUAUUUCAACGUUGCCGAUUUCGAUCCUGGUGACGCGUCCAUAUCGCACCCGCGCGCCCCGCUCGAGGAAUGACACCUAGCGGCGGGGGGAUGAAUUUUCCCUCGUGGUCUUGGUCUAGCGACGCCGGGUCGAACGACCGGGAGCAGAAGAGAAAAGAAGCCGGAGUAUCCCAGUAGAGAAAAAAGCAGGCAGGUCAUAAUCAUGUUCAUAUUUGUAGUGCAAAAAUAAAUAUGCAAAAAUAAAGUGAAAAUAUGUACUGCGUUGUAUCCUAAAGAGCACAGGCAUGACAGAUUUUUCAUCUGUGUAUGUACGUGUUUAUUUUUGCAUAUACAAAUAUGCCCUGCCCCUGGCCUGCCACCUGCUAUUUUCUGCGGGAUACGAUGAACCCGCCGCUGGCCCCGGGAUCAACUUGAACCCUAUCAGUCUCUUGAAAAAUCUGAGGACUAGGUUGCGCCCCGCCCCGACGAACGACCCACAGACUCCAGCAACUAGUACGGCGGCCACGACUGCCUCAGUGGUCGACCCUCCGGCACAAGAAGCGCGAAGCGGCCAGAGCACUAGGAGGACCAAGCGACGCUCAGCGCCGUUCUACAGCCGGCGCUAUAGAAAAAAUAUCGGCAGCCGACGCUCGCAGCGAGGAAAAAGAAAAACAAAUCAGUCGCCGCGGCCCGCCCAGUCGAACUCGCCGUCCUUGCAACACAUCGAUGCAGGUUCUGGAGGCGAACCGGCACCCGCGCGCCCCGCAGAAGGUGAAGAAGGGGCAACACCUGGUAGCGGGAAUUGGUUGCCGCGGACGAGCGCCUGGUCGAACUUGCGGAAGACGAAAAUCCGUGCUGCGGUUCGCUUGAUGCCGCGGCGGCAGCAACCGGUCGUCGGCGAACCGGUGCCUGCUGGAGCCGCCGAAGCGGCACAACCGGUCGUCAACGGAAACGGGAGUCCCACAGGAAGCGGUGAAGGUGCUUCCCCCGCGGCCCGGGGAAAAAUGGAGUGCUGCAAACACGUAAUGCGACCAUGUAAUUUUGUAGCACGAUCGUGCUUGAAGUUUCUGGAUUCGGUCGCCGGGUGUGGUUCCAUAUUCAAAAUAGUUUUCAUUCUUAUGCUUGUUGCGCUCGCAGCUCUGGUCUAGGGAUGGAAAAUGUAGAAAAGUUUCAUACCUAUAAAGUACUAGCUAGCACGGCCGGGCACUGUUAUGAGCGCGAUUUCGGUCAUUCUUCGCAUUUUGUGGCGUCCCCACAAGCACGGUCGGACCGUGCUAGAAAAGCAGCCAGCCGCGUGCUAGUAGUGCCUAUGUGGGCGAAAAAGUGAAUAUAUAUCCGAAAAGUGGGCCGCAUAUUUCGAAGCCGGAAAAUAUGCGGCCCAUUUUUUGGAUAUAUAUUCACUUUUUCGCCCACAUAGGCACUACUAGCACGCGGCUGGGUGCUUUUCUAGCACGGUCCGACCGUGCUUGUGGGGACGCCCAAAAAUGCCAAGAAUGAUCGCCAUGGUGCUCAUAACAGUGCCCGACCGUGCUAGCUAGUACUUUAUAGGUAUGAAACAUUUUGCAGUUUUCCAUUGAUACUCUGGUCGCGUUAGUAGGGCUAGCUGCGCAAGGGGACAUCCACAUCGCUCCUAUUCAAAUUCAACCGUUUCAUAUUGUUCUCAUUGUCGCCAUUCCCGUGGGUCUACUUCUUGGCUGUGCCGUCGUGAAAAAUGACUUUACACGUUGACUUAGUGGUCACAACACGACGAAUACCAAGCUUUUUGGGGUCCGCAUUAAACUGAAAUCAUAGUCAUAAGCGAGCACCAUCGCACCUACUAUCGCUUAGGGCUGCUUUCCCAUGUUGUAGCGCGGUUGUGAUGCUUUGGACGGUAAGGGUAGAAGAAGAAGCGUUGAGCGCACGUCUCCAAAACAAGACGCGCCUCUCCUUCUCCUCUUAAUUCUUCGCUGCUUCAUGUUCUUAUGUUUGCGGAGGUAAUGUCGGUGUGGAAUACAGCAACGAAUUUUAUUAAUUAUUUUUUUCAUCCCUUGUGGCUGUGCUUGCAUAGCCAAAAGAACUAUAGUACUCGCAGCAAAUCGUCUAAAACCUGGGACCAAGAAGGCUCAAAGGACGGCCAUUGACGUUUUUUUUCGAAUCACGGUGCUACUGUGACGCGGACCUGGCUCAAACCUGGGCCAAAGGAGGGCCCAAGCUCUAGAGGUAGCCUUUUUUUCGCUUACCUUUCUAUUUCGAAUCCCCACACUACUGUGGGAAAACCUGGAGCCCAAGGAGGGCCGCGACCUCUAGAGGUGCAAAACCUGUAGGGGUGAGCUCUAGAGGUCCACCUCUAGAGGUCGACCUCUACAGGUCUUGUCCCAAAACCGCCUACAGAUUGCGACCCAAAAGUCAUUUCUUUCUGCUCAUACAAGAACACUACGUGGUUUGUCUGCUUUGCAAGCAGGCCUGUGUUGUUGUUCUUCUUGCACGCGCGACCGGCCUGCCGUCUCGAAGACGGAAGCAAAAAAGCGACCAAUCUCGCGCGGGUUGGGAGGGGCACAGAAACAACCACCGGAAUGCCUGUCGCGUUCAGGCGGUGAAGGCAGGUGGGGCGGCCGCCUACUUUCAUAAAUAUUCUUUCAUCAGCUUUGCAUGUAAGUAGUAAAAAAAGGUAGAGGAUCUGGACCAAGUAAGCGCGCUGCUGCAGGGGUGCCUGCUACUGGGAAGCAAAAGGCGUGGCGGAGCCCUGCUACUACAGCGGUGCGCGCGAUUUACAAAUAGCGCCAGCAGGUGCGCAGCGGUUCACAGGGUUGCAGCUGUGUUGUAUGUACCAAGCGACCACCGUGACCCCUACCUCCACAAACCGCAGCUACAGGUAGCCGAAACGUAUGUACCCCGAAGAGCGGCACCCUGGCCCUAGCUGCGCGGGGGUGGAUGCAAUGAUGUGAAAACAGAGAGGGCGGUCGCACCUGCUGGGGAUUUCUAGUCCCCAGCCGAUAGGGGGCGCGCCUGUCACCGAAUGCAACGAGAACAACCUGGAGGGCGCGCGCUUAUUUUCUGCCUCGAUUGCUGGGCCCUGCCCCUGCUUCUCGUUCUGGCACUACAGGCGCCGCCCGGGCCAAGCGUUCUAAGUUUUGGGCUGCUGCUGGCGGUUUGCGCCAGCGAGUUUUCUUUUGGGUUUUUCUUCUCUUUGUCUUUUGUUCGUGCUUUUGCGAGCAUCGGAUACCUGAAGUACUUACACACUUUGCUGCAUUGCCUUUUGCUGCUUGGCAGGACAACUGAAGUUUUUUUCGUGCGUCGGCUGCCCUUCCCGCCAAAACCCCUCGCCAAGAAGGCGCCUUCCCUUCGGCCAAGCUUCUUUAUCUAGCCGCUCCCAGGAGAUCUAGUUGCUGCAGUGCUAUUGUUCUAUUGUUAUGUGCAGAUCCCCGCGCCGCUGUGUCUGCACUGCGGCGCGAGCCCCAAAUACUGUUACUCUGAUGCUUUUGCACCGUCGUUCUUCCGUGGCGGGGAAGGAGGGCGUCCUGAAGAAGAGGAGCCUGUCGCUGAGGUCACUAUAUAAAUAUUAAUAUAAAGCCUUUUAUUUUUGGAUAGCUUUCUCAUCGCCGUCAUAUCUACUGUUUUUAAGUACAUCAAUAGUAAGCCCUUCAACCGGAUGCUGUAACUUCUGAGUCCCAUCAAACCCAUGUAACCAUCCGGUUACAGAUGCCACGAGGCCAAAGAUAACAAACAAGAAAACAGCCUCUCGCCUCAAGAAGCGAGCGCCACGCGAUUGAUUUUUUAUUUUUUCUUUCGGUAAAUAUAAAUUAGCUUUAGCAGCUAUUGCCGCGCUCUGUUACAACUUGUUUUUUUUUCGAGAUGAAAGCAAGACAUUGCUGCGUCGAUUGGUGUGUCGAUCCGAGUGUAAGUUUCUGCUCUUGUUGAAUUUCGGGAACAAUUCCUCAUCACGGCGUGGCCGCGUGUACAUGUCGCCGAGGGAGGAAUAGAAAUAGUUCCUCGGCACUUGUUCUUCUGCACUACCACUAUGAAGAGAAACAGGCUAAGGAGAUGUUGCGCCGCCGCGUGUAGUUGUACUAGGAUUUUAUUCAGUUUGUAGGCCGGCUGCUAUUGCUUCAUGAUCUGGUGCGAGGGGUCCUAGAAAGAAACACCAGGACCAACGCAACCCCACCGCGCCGCCUUGUAGUUAUUCAGCACCAGCAUGGCGGCAGGCAAGUGAGUGGCUGUGGCAGCAACGGGAACAGCAUAUUCCGACACUCCCUAGUGUGUAAUAUGAUCUCGCCUGCGAGAGUUGGCUUCCUUUCUCCUUUCUUCCAAAUAGGCUUAGGCAAAAAA